GCUCUGCUCCCGUUUCCCAUUUCCUCACUAGAUGGUGUGCAAGCCACUGGAGAGUCGACUUCCUCCCGCGGUCAGGUUCCGAUCAAAACAAAUCUGGGAAAUUACACGGAACGCCAUUUCUCGGGGUUUUCGCGGAGGAUUAUUCUAUUUUCAUCUAGAUAUUUAUAUUUUUAUUUUUUGAUAACGGCGCGGAUCGUGCUCCAUUCUGCGGUGAUGGACAUAAUGAUUGCAGUGCAGGAUGCGUGCGUCUCCGGUCAGUGGCUCACCGCUAUAAUUCUCAGUUUUUGCUGCUUUUUACCAUCGUGUUUGCCCGCUGGACAAACUGUGGACUAUGCGUCCAGCGAGAGUGUGGUCAGCAGACAGGGAGACACCGCGCUGCUCAGAUGCUACCUGUUGGAUGGAAUCUCAAAAGGAGCAUGGUUGAAUCGUUCCAGUAUCAUUUACGCAGGGAAUGACAAGUGGUCAGGGGAUCCUCGCGUGUCCAUCGUAUCAAAUGUGGGGGAUAAACAUGAAUACAGCUUACAGAUACAGAAAGUGGAUGUAACGGACGAGGGCUUGUACACCUGUUCGAUACAAAGUGAACGUAAUCUACGCCCAAAGCUCAUUCAGUUAAUUGUAAAAGUUCCUCCCAAAAUCUAUGACAUUUCAUCGGACAUUACAGUAAACGAAGGCAGCAAUGUUUCACUCAUCUGCUCAGCCAGUGGGAAACCAGAGCCCAAAAUCUCUUGGAGACACAUCUCCCCAUCAGCCAGGAAGUACGAAAGCGGGGAGUAUUUAAAUAUCACAGGCAUCACUCGGGAUCAAGCAGGGGACUAUGAGUGCGGUGCCGAAAACGACAUUGCUUCACCCGACACCAAGACCGUGAGAGUCACAGUCAACUUUCCUCCAGCAAUCCAUGAGAUGAGAAGUCAUGGGGUCCGACCCGGUCAGAUUGCCCUGCUGAGAUGUGAGGCAGCAGCAGUCCCCUCUCCAGUCUUUGAGUGGUACAAGGGAGAGAAAAGGAUUAACAUGGGCCAAGGAAUAGACAUCAAGAACCUCAGCUCCAGAUCAGUUCUCACAGUGAAGAACAUGACACAGGAUCGCUAUGGCAACUACACCUGUGUGGCCGUCAACAGGUUGGGAACAGCCAACGCCAGUGUUCCUCUGAUUCCAAUUAUUGAACCCACAACAACUAGUGCUGUCUCAAGUCCAGGAGGGUUGGAUUAUGGGUAUUCAGAAAGAAGCAAUACAUACGCACCCAACACCGCUCCGUAUGGAAGUACAGGAGGCGCUGAAGUCCUGCUGGCCUGCCGGUACCUGAUCCUGGCUCUCUCUUCUCUCGUCAGCGUUUACUAGCCCUGGGGAUGGCCAUACACAAUGACUGUAAAGAACCCUUUUGAGCAUUUACAGAUGCUUUGACAUUGCUGAUGGCUGGAUCCAAUCUGGUACAGUGUGUUUGGAAAGCAGCGAGGGAUUUUAAUCAGCAUUGCUUAUGUUGGGAUGGUAAUUUUCUUCUGUGGUGUUUGUCAUCAUGUAAAUACAUAUGGUUUUAGAGGGUUGGUUUUCUUUCUCUUGUCUUAUUUUCUGUUCUUUUCUUUUCUGAUUUUCCACUUUGUGAAUCAGCACACAUUGUCCCCUUCGAAUGCUCACAAAUUAGCCAAAAGCACACUUUGGAAAAGAGAGGGUGUGUGACAUUAGUAUCUUUGUUGAAAAAGGAAAGAUGCCCUAGUGUGCCACCUUGUUCUCCGUGCUGAUACAUCAUUCUCAUACCCAUAAAAUGGGCAAGGUGUUUAAAUAAUGUGUUUUUUGCCGAGCUCAUUUAAAUCCAGUGAACCAAGAAACAAUGUUUAAGAUUUCACAAAGGGAGAGAUAUUGAAAUUUAUAUCAAAAGUGAUUCAAAGGCGAAGUGAACGAUUGAAGAGCAGCUUUAGUUUAAUACUCUAAUGUACAUGGUUUUUCCACUGACAGUGAAAUAUGAUUAUUCAUUUUCUGGACCAAAACUACAGCCAUACCUCAAUGGUUUAGACCUCUGGGCUAUAGACCCCAAUUGCAUUUAACUGAAUUAUGCAGAGUACGAUCAUAAACCUUUCUAGUUAUUCUAGAAAUACAUGAAUUAGUUGUUUUACUGCAGGAAAACAUCCUCCUAGAUUGCACUCGAGAUUAAAAUAUGUAAACGUAUGCAAUAAAUUUGCCUCUUGUGAAACUAUUUGUGAGCCUAAUUGUAAAAUUAAAAUGAGCCUCAUGCAGUGGUCAAAAGGUUGUAAAACUGCAAAGCAGAGUUAUAGAGCUGUCCUUUCUGCCCUGGGGGUCUUUAAAAUAAGAGCUCUAAUAUAAAAAAUGAAUAGUGAAAAUGCCUGUGUUGCAUUUGAUGUUAUAUUAAAUAAGAGAUAAAAAUAGCGCAUAAAAGACUUUCUUUAGUUGUCAGCAUGCAAAAUAAUGUAACAGGCCAAUCCAAAGUAAAAAGUGGAGGGAAAUAUUUGAUGUGCACUUUGAUUAAAUGACGAAAUUAUGAACAGUGACUAAUGGAACUUAUCAUUCAACUAAUUAUUGUCUUUUUUUAUGUUUUAUGGUUGUAAUAAUUUGAACAAGAUUUUUAUAAUGUAUUAACAUAUUACCUGCUUUGCUUCUGUCAGUGUGAAAUAGGUUUGAAUAGGGAAGCAGAAAAAAAGAAUAUGCACUUCCCUUGUGGGGACAAUAUGAAACUUUCAAGUGUGGAUCCAAACAUGUGAAUGAAUAUUAUUUCAAAAUACGUAUGCAGUAUGGCAUAGUUUACAAUGUUGUCUUUCAUUUUAGAUGCCACAACUGUUGUUGAUUCUUGUCAAGCGAGUAGAAGUUGGAAAAAAGAACCGUUUGUAAUCAAAUAAUCUACUUUUAACUCAGAGGGUGUGAACCAGUCAUACGGUAUAAUAGAAAACGAGUCACGUGUGUGUAUAUUCGAAGAAAGUAGAAUUCAUUUUAUCUUAUAGAACCAGUGUGUAGGUUUAGUUUAACCUCUACCCUAGUUCCCACACACUUGUUGUAUACUAAGAUGUGCAGAAAUUAUAAAUGUGCUGCAUGUCAAAUUAAUAUGUAUGUUAAGGUGGCCACUUACCAUAAAUCGAUAAUUUGAGAACAAAACCAGUUUCGAGGCUGCUUUGACUUAAUGAGAUGUGUUCCACACUACUGAACAUCACUUGGCCUGUCUGUUGAGCUACGAUGAAAUGUUCUUUCUAUGUGAAAAUCAUCACAGAAUAAUUUCUGCUCAGUGUGCAAUACUGGGUCCUUUCCUAUGGACUAUAUUUAGGCUAUUUGGUUAACGUGUGACAAGUUUACAUUCUUUUUGUGUAUUAUUUCUUGCACAAAAUACAUUUUCACUGACAAGAAGAGUCGGAAUAUUUCACACUUACAACAGAUAUAUUCUGACAUGAGAUUUUAGUUUGAAGAAUCAAUCACAGAAUCAUAUAGAUUUUACCUAUAUGUCCCUUUGCAUAUUACUGACCUGAAUGCCUCAAAGAUCAAACCAAGGGAUGUUUAAAUAUUCAUCGCUGUGAAGGCCUGGCUCUCGCCAUUGUGAUGUAAAAAGUAACAUUGCACUUGCUUAUCAUUACCACAAACCUCCAUAAUCGCAGAUUAACACCAAUCACUUUGACAGUUAAAUACGCUGCAUUUCAUUUCAACGUGAAAUAACAUUUUGAGUCAACUCUAGAAGCAAGUACUGUAUAAAAUGUGCCUUUAAAACUAUUAAUUGAUAUGAUCUGUUGCCAUUCCGUGUCAAAUGCCAUGUCUAAGCCUCAUAAGCAUUUGCCAUGCAAACCAGACAAAUCAGUGUUGUGCAGUAUUUCUGGCUUUCAGUCCAAACUAAAAGCUAAUGAAAGGGGCAAUUUUUUUUUUUAAAUGUCUACCCAUUUUGAGUUCUGUAGAGAUAUAAGUAGCACAUGCUCUUUUAAUAAAUAUUGUGAAUGAAACGUUAACAAAGAGCUCAUUAAAGCAUCAUUAAAACUGCAUAAGUGGAUAUCAAGAUAAAAAAGCAGACAAGAGCAUUCAUGCAUGCAUAAUUCUCCUGAAAGUUACAGCCUUUCAAAAGAGUCUGUAAAUAACAGACAAACGUGAUGCAAAUUUUCACUCUGAGCAUCUAAUGACUUGAUAAUCACAUUCCUGGACAUGCAUUAAUAUUCAAUGACGAGUUUCGAAAUUUCUCCCGUCAGCCAAGCACUAAUUCACAGAGUCGUGACAGGUAAACGGAACUUGUGUGGUGCCGGUGGUCAUGAAAACCCGAUAGUCCGGUGCUAUUUUCGAAUGGGUUCAAAUUACUGCAAGCAGCAUGGUAUGUUGUGGCCCGAGGAGACCCCUUGGGUUCCAACACGUUCCCAGAGUACACGUCGUGUGGUAUGAGGCAGCAAUUUCGGUACUUUUUAAAAUCCUAUGAGCACAUAUCGGUAUAAAAAAUAUUUUGGAUGUGUAACCCACCCGUGUAUGGUCCAAAAAACCCAAACAUUUAAGAUACUUCAUCUCCUAUCUCGAGCGAAGCUGCUGGCAAGACAGAAUGAAGGUGGUAGGCAGUAUUUCAAUGAUUAAAAACCUGUCAGCUCCAUCUCUGUCUUGGCCAGACUCUUUUGAAAGUCGGUUUGAGAGUGCUGUGUGUGCGGUCAGGGGAGGUGAUUCUUCUGACCUGGCAGUUAAUAAAAUUCUUCCUGUGCCUUUGUCAGUUUCUGGAGGAUGAUUUUGUGGAGUGCUGGAGGGUGCUGCAUUAACCAGCUGUGAGCCCUCACUCUCCCAGCAGCACUCUGGCAGGGCUGACGGUAAUCUACAUAAACCUCUGUCCUUUUCAGAACGCUUGCCAGUAAUUGCAGUUUUGCUGUAUUCUAAUUGACUCCAUGGAGCACCGUAAAGAACAAAAACCUAUAAUCCUUCGCGAAGCCCAUUUGGUUUGCGGCCAUUGUGUUAAACCUUCAAAUGAUACGAAACUGAUGACAAAUGAAGCGGCCGCCAUGACUGUACUUAGCCGGUAGGAACGUUCAUUGGCAAAAUAUUUGUCUGGAUAAUAAAGUAGCUGCCAAAACGAAAAUGAGUGAAUUCUAAAGCUUUUUUUUUUUUUUCCUCGCCAUGAAGUGUUUGUCAGCCCUCUCGCUCAUUAUUUUCACUGAGCUGGAAAAUAAGUUAGCCAAGCACUGAUGCAGUGGUUCUGAUAAUGCUAAGGUUUUAGCAGAGCCGUCUUUCGCUGAGCUCUGUUUGAAACCGCCGAUUGUGUCUCAUCAGGAGAAAUGUUUAACGUGAAAAGCAAGGGAUCAAUUUAAAACGCAAGUCCAGGGUUUUAUAAAAACACACCAUUCUGUUUUAUUCACCGUUAUGUCUCAUUAGAUGUUGGUUGGCCUGGUAAUUGUUGCUAGCUGUUUUGAAUGGCAUGGGCUAUUUGUGUUGGCACCGUUCAUAUCUUAAGCAGUUAUUUUGUGAAGUGGAAUAAGUCCACCAGUGAAACCACCCGUCUGCUACUGAGUAAUUGAGCACAGAGAACACCCGCCAGAACAAUCCAAAUUUAAACUAAUGCUUUUUGAAAACAUUUGGUGAGCUUUGGUUACUUUUUGUAUAUACAUGUUCAUUUGAUUUCGGUACCUUUUAUUUUGUUUUGUUCAAUUUGGUGACUAAGUAAAAUGAACAUUGUAACCAUAUUGGGAUGGCUGUACUUUUAUUUCCUCAACUCUUGAAGCUGAAAUUUCUGUGAUGAGAAAUUUGAAAUGGUCAUCUUUACUUACAUAUGUAUGGAGAUACUUUAGCCACCAGGGAUAUAGUUGUAUAUUUUAGGCUCUAGAUCACUGGAAUGACAUAUAUGGCUUUAAGUGGCAUUGAUAUAUAUUGAUAUUUGUCAAGAAAAAAAAAAAGAAUCAUAUACUUUAAUUACUUUAAAGCUUACAUUGUGUAUAGCACGUAUGCAAGUUCAUUUUCAUCAUGUUUGAUGUAAUUUUGUAGCAGUGGUUUGAUACUAAUAAAGUUGGAAGUUGG